AUGAGUGAAUUUGAGUCAACCCUUAGCCAUCUUAUUACACGCAUCAGCGAAGCAUAUGAUCCACGAAACUCUCGCCAGGAUCUUUCUCUACAGUAUGUGACUGAUUUUGUUGAAUCAGAUGACGCAAUUCAAUAUGCUGAGCGAUUAUUUGAUGUCAAUUCAGCUCAAACACAAUCCAUUGCUUGCAAAAUACUUGAUAUAGGUGUUUCAAAGAAUUGGGAUGUUUAUAGUGCCGAAUUCAAGGAAGGAAUUCGCAAUUUCAUUUUUGGCCAUAUUCAAGCAUACAGUACUCCUAUUAAUAAUCAAUUAGCAAACAUUUUAGCUACUAUUGCCACAAAAGAUUUCCCUGAAAAAUGGCCAGACUUUUUCGAAAAUUUAUUAUCUAAUCCAGCAGCUAACUUUGGUGUUCUUGCAAACUUUAUUCUCCUAGUUACAGAUUCUGACUCAUCCAAAAUCACGCCAUCUAAGUUUAAAGUCAUACAAACUAAAAUGAUCGAAAUGAAGAAAGCUAUCAUCAAUGCAUGCAUUGACGCAGUACCAAACAACGAUGCAAAGCGCGCCCUUGACGCCUUCUUACCUUAUAUCAAAUGGGAAGAUAUCGAUCAAGAAAAGUUUAUUUCUCUUGGUUUGAAUACAGAUACAUCAGUAUUUGCUAUCCUUAGCACAUUACUAUGCGUUGAGGGAUGCCCACCAGAUAAAAUCAAGCUUGUUUUCACUCAUUUGUGCAAUAUGGUCGAAUCACUUGAUUCAGAAGAAGUAUUUAACUCAAUCUGCAGUGUUCUCAUCAAACAUGCAAAGAUACUCGAAGAAGAACAGCUCCCUCUUGUUCGUGGAAUGUUAAAUAAGAUUGCCGAAUGUGAUUUCGACACACAUCUUGAUUUCUGGGAGACAUUCAUUCUCGGAGUGUUUGAUACACAUAAAACUGAUCCUACACACGACAGAUUCAUCAUGUAUCAAGACAUUUUCGAGAAUCUUCGAGAUUAUGUUUUGAAAAACAUGCCACAACCACCAGGAUUCAUUCUUCCAGGCGAAGGAGACACAUCUCUCGAUGAGAGUGCAAUGGAGACAUACACACAGAUGAGAAAUAUCUUUGUUGCAAUUCUUACAAUGGCUCCUGAAAAAGUUAUGCCAGCAAUUACAAAAAUUUUUACAGAAUUAAAUUCUGUUUUCAGUCCAAAAGUGUUUUGUUCACUUAUUUGGAGUAUUUCAUGCAUCACAGGAUCAACAGGAAGUGUUGUAGAAGGACAGUUCGUUGUAGAAAGUUUAACUUUCAUUUUGAAAUCCCUGAAAAAUCCAAAAUUGACAAAAGAAGUUCAAUCAGUUGUUGCCAGUGCUUUUCUUUAUUUAGUUGCUGCAUAUGCAAAAGUACAAAAGCUUACAGCACAGUUUGUAACAAUUGCUUUGAAUUUGGCAAUUUCUGGUUUGCUUUCUGAAAAUCUCAGAAAAAUGGCAGCAAACGCGAUUUUGGCCAUUGGAACUAACUGUCCAACGCUAGUAACAAAUCUUCCUGAUAUGACUGAUUUGAUAAUGAACAAUGUUUUGCUUGCUCCUGAUAUUUACGCUGAUGUUUGCGAAGGAUUCGGAAAAAUUUACCACGCUAAACAAAAAUUGUCAAAAUUAGUUGACAUGGCGUUAGAAAGAUGGAACAACACAAAGAACUAUGAGAAUAACAUGGAUGUUGUUACUCACACACAUUUAGUUUUGGCUAUUUUGUUGGGUUUCGCAAGAGCCGAUCCUGUAUUUAUUUCUAAAGUUGUUUCGAAAUUAAUUGAAGAUUUAAUUCAUUUGAUUACAGAUUUCGGAACACAUAUUGUUGAAUUUACUGAUUUCGCAGGAAACGAAGAAGUUAAAGAGAUGUAUAUGUUCUGCAGGACAGCAGCAAUUCUCUUCAAGACAUGCGGAAUCAAACAAUGCAAGCCACUUUUGGAAAUUUAUAAGAAUUCAUCACCAAACAUCAGACAAAUUGAAGUUCUUCAAUUGGCUGAGAGUUUAUUAAAGUCAGAACUUAAAGAUGAAGAAGCACAAGUAAUACAUGAAUUAGUUAUUGAUCCUACAAAAGAAAUGAUUGCUCAGGAUGAAACAUUUGAGCCAAUUUUCGUUUCUUUGAUUCCAGGAGUUAUAAAUAACUAUUUACAAAGUUAUUUCAAGACUUCUGUUGUUGGAGAUCCAUGUAAUUUGGAGACAGAUUUGCAGUUCUUGUAUACAAUUGCUAGAGGACAAAACCACACAGCAAUUGUUUCAGCUAUUUCUGCAAUAGAAAACGCUUUAACUAAAGCAGAUAUGAACUUGACAGGUGAUGCAAGAAAAGGAUUCUUUAGAGGUUAUUUGUUGCAAACUAUUGCAACUAUGAUGUUCAUUGCUACAGAGCCUUCCCAUAAAUUCUGUUUGGAACAGAUAUUUAAGUAUAUAAUUAAGUUGUUUAAGUUCAUUGUUUGUGAAAGAGUUCAAGUUGAUUUAUUCGAUGGAAUUGAUAAUAUCCAAGGAACAAUUAAUGAACUGUCUGCAGGAUUAUGUGAGGAAAUACCUAUUAUUUCUCUCCAGAAUAUGAAAUACUGCAUACAAAUGCUUUUGGAAGCAAAUAAAUAUGAAGAUUACGAACAAGUUCUUGUCGAAUUCAUUUCUGAAGCAAGAAUGACAGUUCCAAGUGAAACAUUGAAGCACAUCAUGCUCAAGAAGGUCAAAUCAUGUAUAGAAGAGGAAGUAUAG